AUGCACCGAAUACUUUUGCUUGCCGUCCUAGGGGUAGCGAACGCUUACCCAGUAUUAUUCGAUGAACCUUUACAUGCAGGGAUCGAAUAUGCACCCCUGGCUCCAGCAGUACACUCCCACCCUUCUGUAGAACUUAACGCAGCGAGCGAAGCACAACUUCCAAGGGAACUUCUUAAAUCAAAUGCCUUUUAUGAUAACCCCGCAAUUGCUGCUGGCUUGGCGAAAGAAUCAUGGUUUACUAAUAAGGAAAUGCAGGUAGUUGAGCGUGAGGCUGAAAAGAUACCGAGACAGAGGAUCUAUGACAUGGUGAAAGGUGCUGGCUUCCUUGAUCAGCACUAA